UGGAGCACUCGGUGCGCAGGCUUAGAACCGGAGUGGUCGUGAUAGCGCGAGGACGUACAGUGUCGUGUCGCAGUUCUCAGUAGAAGAUGACGUCUCUCAUGAAGCCGAUGAACCUGAUGAGUCUACAGCCGGGUAGAGGAUCGCCGCACACACAUACCGCGGUCAUCGUGAACUCUCCACAGAACGUCAAGUCGGAGCCGGGUGUGACGAGAAUACUGGUGGAGGAGAGGAGUUCGGUGUUGGUCGACAACACGGGAAACCAAGACUUGAAUAGGUGCAAGAGAAGAAUCAACUUCGCGUACUCGCAACAGAUGCAGGGACAUCAGCCGGCGUCGGUGGCGAGGAGGAACGCCCGGGAACGUAACAGGGUGAAGCAAGUCAACAACGGAUUCGCUACUCUGAGAUCACACAUCCCCCUGAGUGUCGCGACAGCCAUCAGCUCGUCCGCGGGGAGUCGUGGGGCCAGCAAGAAGUUGAGCAAAGUGGAAACCCUGAGAAUGGCUGUCGAAUACAUCAGGUCGCUCCAGGAGUUGUUGGAUGAAUCCGGAACAUCGACACAAACGGAAAACUCGUACUACACCUCCAACGAGAACCAGAGAGCUCCAGAGUCGUCCCUGUCACCUCCGUGUUCCGAGGCUUCCUCCUCACCUCCGCCCUCGUCGUACGCGUCAGAAGGGUCGUACGUCGCACCUCCGUCCCUCAGCUACCACCAGGAGAACUACGAACCCAUGAGUCCAGAGGACGAGGAACUCCUGGAUGUGAUAUCAUGGUGGCAGCAGAGUCAGUGAGCUCCAAGAUCUCUUGUGCAUUUCCCUGAUCUCACAAGUCUCACCUUAAUGUCUGUUACAGGAUCUCAAUUUGGUGUUGUUCGUCGUGCGACCCGAAGACACCCGGACUCAGCCGAAAACGCACGAACGACAUCACCAUUGUUUAUACAACUUGUUAAGCAAUAUUCGAUAUUACGAGUCUCUACACUGUUAAGAGCUUUUGAAUGUUACAGUUUUUGUUUCUAUAUUAAAUUGUCUACUUUCGUACUGUUUUGAGUGCAUUUAUAUUGUUUUAUACAGUUUUAACGAACUUAGCACAUUAUGUAUUUAAGCGAUUUUAAGAUUUGUGCCUUUCUGGUAAAUUGAAGGAGGAAGAGUAAAGUUGACAAAAUAUAUGUUAGGAGUUACUUUUUUUGUUUCGUAACCGUAGUCGGAAUUUUUAUUUUAUGAUUAUGAAAGUUUCAUAUUUAGUUCUUUUAUUACAACAUUUUUCUUUGUCAACUUACAAACCUCUUAUUCCAAACCA